AUGCAAGACAUUGCCUUCUUUCUGACCCAUCCUCGUACAGCCAAAAAAAAAUGCUCGCAUCACUCGCAGCAUCAAAACUGUCAAACCUCCUCCGUCUGCUCCAAAUCCAAAACCCUAGAACUCAUCCCUCUCUCCUCCGCCACCUCUCCGUCGAAACCAAUCACCCAUCACCACCACUACCACCACCACCACCACCACCACCACAAACUUCACCGCCAAAACACGACUCAUCAGUCAUAACCCAAGUUGUUAAUCUACUCCAAACCGACGAAGAUGACUGGAACAACAACGACAAGCUCCAUGAACUCCUUUUCCCUCCCCCAGACUCUCCCCACUCCCUGUCCCCUUCAUCUCUCCUCACCAUCACCCGCCACUUGGGCUCCGCCACCAAAGCCCUCAAGUUUUUCGAAUUCAUUCGAACCAAUUCACCAUUGCCGCCUGAUCAUCCGUCUCUCUCUUCAACAUUUCAAGCCAUUUUCGAGCUCGCCAGUGGCGAACAACCCAAUUCACCCGCCAGGCUCUCUGAGCUCCUCUCUAUGUCGAAAGACCAUAACGUUCCUUUGACAGUCUACUCUGCUAAUCUUCUCGUCCGAUGCUUCGGCCGAGCUGAAAUGGUCGAAAAAUCACUUCUUGUGUUCAAAGAGCUCGACCCGGAUUUGCAAAACACGCAUAUACGUAAUGCACUAUUGGAUGUUUUGCUGCGUUCGGGUCGCGUUGACGAUGCGCUCCAACUGCUCGAUGAAAUGCUUAAACCGGAUGCGGAGUUUCCGCCUGAUGGCACUACUGUGGAUAUUACUUUUGGUGCAUUAUUGAGGAGAAAUUGGAAGGGGAGGAGUGUGAGUGAAGAGGAGAUUGUUGGGUUGGUUUUAAAAUUUGGCAAACAUGGUUUGUUUCCUUAUGCAGGGUGGCUUAAGCAAUUGAUCACUAAGCUGUGCAGGAGUGGCAAGAGUAGUCAAGCUUGGGAGCUAUUGCAUGAUGUGAUGAAGUUGGGUGGUGAUGUGGAAGCUGAUUCUUUCAAUGCCCUUUUGACGUGGUUAGGUAGAGAGCGUGAUUUUCCGAGGAUGAAUGAUCUUUUAAGGGAGAUGAAGGAAAUUGGUAUUCAACCCAAUGCCAUAACAUUUGGAAUUCUUAUUAAUCAUUUGUGUAAGUUUCGUAGAGUCGAUGAGGCGUUAGAGGUGUUUAAGAAGAUGAAUGAUGGAGGAGAAAGCAAUGGGUUUUGUGUUGAACCAGAUGUAAUCCUUUACAAUACUCUGAUUGAUGGACUAUGUAAAGUCGGAAGACAAGAGGAGGGUAUGGGUUUGAUGGAGAGAAUGAGAUCACACAAAGGUUGUGAACCAAAUACAGUUACUUAUAAUUGCUUGAUUGAUGGGUUUUGCAAAGCCAGUGAAAUCGAGAGGGCCCAAGAGCUAUUCCAUCAGAUGAAGAAAGAGGGAGUACCACCGAAUGUGAUCACCCUUAAUACUUUGGUUGGUGGUAUGUGCAAGCAUGGGAGAAUUAAUAAUGCGAUGGAGUUCUUUAAUGAAAUGCAAGGGCAGGGUUUGAAGGGGAAUUCAAUUACAUAUACUGCCUUAAUUAAUGCCUUUUGCAAUGCCAACAAUAUCAAUAAGGCAAUGGAUUUGUUUGAUGAAAUGUUGAAAAGUGGGUGUUCUCCAGAUGCAAUUGUGUACUACACCUUGAUUUCUGGUCUGACCCAGGCCGGAAGGAUGGAUGAUGCUGGCUCUGUUGCAGCAGCGAUGAAAGAGGCUGGGUUUUGCUUGGAUCUCGUGUGCUACAAUACUCUUAUUGGUGGGUAUUGUAGGAAGAAAAAACUGGACAAGGCUCAUGAGAUGCUCAAGGAAAUGGAGCAAGCUAGAGUGAAACCUGAUACUAUCACAUACAACACUUUGGUUUCAUAUUUCAGCAAAGCUGGGUAUUUUGAGACCGCCCACAAAAUGAUGAAAAAGAUGAUCAAUGAUGGUCUUGUGCCAAAUGUUGUUACUUAUGGAGCAGUGAUUCAUGGAUAUUGCUUGGUGGGCAAUGUUGCCGAGGCAAUGGAAAUUUUUAGGCACAUGAGUUCGGCUACAAGGGUUCCACCCAACACAGUGAUAUAUAAUAUUCUGAUCGACGCUUUGUGCAAGAAUGAGAAAUUAGAUGUUGCUCUCUCUCUAUUUAAUGAAAUGAAAGUUAAGAGGGUGAAGCCAAGUACCAACACGUACAAUGCCAUUUUUAAGGGCCUUAAGGAGAAGAAUCAGUUGAAGGAAGCACUGGAAUUGAUGGAUCGAAUGACUGAACAGGCUUGUAAUCCUGAUUACAUUACCAUGGAGAUUCUUACCGAAUGGCUUCCUGCAGUUGGUGAAACAGAAAAAUUGAGAAGAUUUGUGCAAGGAUACGAGGUGUUUACCUCGACAGCAUAGAGGGCCUGCUGCAGGUAGAAGAGGUUAUGGCUCUUCUGGUUUACGUAUUCGUUAAGCCAUGUUCAGGAGAAACUGAAAACUGAUCUAAUCUUGAGCAAAUGCGCAUCCUCUAGUUUGCUGCGAUUUCUGUUGAGCUUCAAACAGAUCAUAAAUUCAGGAUCCUCAGUUUUAUUGGUUGUGUUGUUUGGAUCAUUUUAGUUGAAUCAAAAGCCAUAUAUAUGGAUUUAUGGUUUUCAUCCUGGAUAAGUUAAUUCAAAGGGAACAUGUACGCUGCAGUGAAAGUUACGAAGUUUUAUUUAUUGAUAUUUUUUUGGUAUUGAAAACCAAAAUUUUGUGCUAUGUUAUAUUCAGUUAAAAUUUCUGCUGAAGGCCCUUUCUAUCAAA